UAUAAAUAUAAUAAAUAUCCACCGUCAUUUGUAUACUUCACUUCCACUCUUCUGCCUCACUUGUUACUUCCAAUAUGCAUUUCCUCACUCCCUUGGUCUUUCUUUUCUCUGCCGUACCGUCAGUCCGGUCUCUGGAUUCAUAUCAGCCAUGUCCCUUACUUGGUCCCAGAUUCCCUCUACCAACCGGUUUACCUACAUCUAAACCUCUACAGGCUGCUCUUAUGAAUCUCACAGCUGCGCUUGACGCGUUGUCCACUGGCGACAGCCACGACUUCACAGCAACGACAAAUACCACAUCAUUCAGCGUAGCCCUGUUCUCCUCGGACCCUUUAUCAAACGCCUCUUCUCCUUUCUUUUAUCAAUAUCAUCACACUGCUUCCAACUCAACUGCCGGCCCAAUUGGCGUACGAGAGGUGAACGCUGAUAGUGUCUACAAUGUCGCCCGCAUUACCUCAGUCUUUACUGUCUAUGCAUUCCUUGUCGCCGCUGGAGACACUCAUUGGCUUGAUCCGAUAACCAAACAUGUCCCCGAACUUGCUGCAUCCGAAGGAAGCCAGCCUGUGGAGAGUGUGAAGUGGGAAGAUGUACGACUCAUUGAUCUAGCGAGUAAUAUGGCUGGCAUAGGAAGAGAUGCGACCCUCGAUAGUCUUUCGAACAAGUCGGUCCCGAAAGCUCUUGCCUCGAUCUUGCCCACCAAAAACCAACAACUCAUUUCUACAUUUUCCAAAAAUCACCGAGAUUUCCUCAAGCUCAUGGCAAAACGAAGACCCGUCAAUCUCCCAUCAAGCACCCCAACCUAUUCAAAUGCAGCCUUCCAGCUUCUUGCUCUAGCAGUAGAAAACAUCAACAGAAAACCUUUCAACACUACCUUCGACCAGAGUUUUUUACAACCUCUCAACAUGCGUUCGAGCACACUUGGUGCACCAAACAAUACCAAGAACGCUGUUAUUCCGACCAACGAAACAGUUAGUGGUUGGGCGGAUGGAAGAAUCGAUGAAAGCACAGCCUUAGCAGCAAACUUUAUGUACUCAACAGUAACCGAUCUGUCCAAAGCUGGCCGCGCAAUUCUCCGCUCAGAGCUUCUCAGCCAAGUUUCCACAAACCGCUGGCUAAAACCCGUCUCACAGACCUCGAAUGCCGCCGAUGAUAUCGGAGCACCUUUCAGUAUCUAUCGGGCAACCCUCACUGGAAAAUCCACCGGCGCACUUGUACCCAUUUACACUCAGUUUGGCGCUCAAGGCCUUUAUUCAUCUUACUUUGGUCUUGCACCUGAUUGGGGUGUGGGCUUUGCCAUCUUAUCGGCUGAUACGGCUGCCCCCGCUGAUCUCAACGCACAUGCUGACCUCAUCUCGACAUACCUGCUCCCAGCAUUGGAAAAGUCAGCCAUCCAACAAGCUUUUCUGAAUUACGCUGGUACCUACAACUUCGGCGAUUCGAAGCUACUCAUUACCAUCGAUGGACUAUCCGGACUCUCACUCACGAAUUGGACCAGCGGUUCCAAAGAUCUCAGAGCUGCAUUUGCUGAGUUAUACUCCAUUCCAUCAGACACUCUUGACUUUAGGUUGUAUGCGACGAAUCUCGUGGAUCAGACGGCGCAAAGUAGCAGAAAAGCCUUUAGAGCUGUGUUGCAAGAUAUAGCCGCUCCAAUUGAUGCUGGCACGCCGACUUGUAUUACGUGGAUGGACAGUCUGGAUAAGUUUGUGUAUAAUGGGGUUAGUUUGGAUGAGUUUGUUUUUGAAUUGGAUGAGAAAGGGAUGGCGAUUGGGCUGGAUAUACCGGCUUUGAAUAUGACGUUGAAGAAAGGGAAUUGAUCGAAUUCCAAAUAGCAUUGGGCGUGGGAAAGCUCUCACUACCG